GAGCUUAAUUCUAACUGUGGUGUGUGAUAAUGAGACAUUUUGUAAACAUUUCAGAUUUCAAGUAUUUACAUAUUUUUUUAAAAAUGGAUGUAUCCAAGCGAUUAGAAUCAUUCAGAGAAGCUUGGAAGAAUGAACUUAAUGCCCCUAAACGAGGUUCAUCUAGUGGUUGUCAAUCAAAUAGUGAAUCCCAUCCUAGUACAACGCAGAAUAAUGAAAAAGAAACUCAAAAACAAAAUCAUUUUGAAAAUGAAAAUCCAGAAAAAGCUAAAGAAAAAUCAGGUAGUUUUGAUCCAGGUAGCUGGUAUGAACGCCAUGUAAAGGAAGCUGAAUUAAAGGAGAAUACUAUAGAACCUUUCCUUAUAGCUGAAAAAUUAUUAAGUGGCCAUUUAGCGGAGCAUAGUAUAUCGAACACUCCUACAUCAACGCACUCAGAGAUUAAACCGCAUCGUAAAGUUUCCCAUCAUAAAGAAUUAGAUACAUUGACUUCUAAUUCAGAUAUUGUGCAUCAUAACAGACUUGAAAAAAAUAAGACAGGGAGAUCAAGCCCACUCGAUUUUAAAAGUAAACGAAGAAAAUUAGAUGGACAGACAGAAGAGGGAAAUCUCGUUGAUACAUUAAUUGCUGAUUUGGAUGAAAUCAAUGAAAUUCCAUUCUUUGACAUCCAGAUUCCUAGAGAAGUUGCAGUUUCUAUGUUUAAAUACUUGGAACCCAAAGACCUCUGCAGAUGUGCUCAGGUGAGUAAAGCAUGGCAGAGUUUGGCGGAGGAUGAGCUUUUAUGGUGCACACUUAGCCACAGGGCCGGCUACGAUUUACACUUAGAUACAGUUGCAGAGAAUGGCUGGAAACAACGAUUCAAGGAUAAUUUGGCUACAGCUAAAAAUCUGCAAAAUAAUUGGAGGGAAAGAAUAGGAGAAUAUAGCCCAUUGCAGUUCAUUAAGGGUGGAGUGUUGUGUAGCGCCCACUCCCAUGGGUCCCAAGUUGUAGCUGGUUAUACAAGUGGGCAUGUAAAAUACUGGGACCUGUCUAACAACGAUGAGUGUAUAUUUCAACCGUCAAAUACCUCACUUGUCAUCGACCCCAAUGUAGAGCAAGGAACUUUGGGUAAUAUUGUUACAAAGACGCACGUUAAUUCACAACUGACGUCAGCUGGUUAUUCUCUAGGUAACGUUGACAUCUGGUACAACAAAGAAGGCUCAGAGACAACUCCUGUUCACACAUUCAACAUGAAUAAACCUAUACGCAAUCUCCAUGGUAACGAUGAUGUCAUAAUAGCCACAUCAGAGUCACAUCUAAGGGUGGAACACAGGCCAUUCAAUCAAGAGAAAUGGACCAUGAAAAUGGACAUGCAUUUUCCCGAUCAGAUUCAACAUAUGAACUACACUCCAACAGUGCCUCAGCAAGAUUUUGUUACCAUAGCAACUGGGAACAGAGUCCAAUUGGUUCAGCCUUGGUCACAUGAUAGUCAUAUGACUACUUUGCACAAUUUGAUUGGCUCUUCCAUAACAACCAUAGCAACUAGCAAAGAUGUCCUAGCUGUUGCUUUAAGAUCUUUAGAGUUUGGAGUUUUCCAGGCUGACAACAAAUGUAGGCUUUACUGCAUGAGAAGUGGAAAGGAAACCCAGACGUUGAAUGGAUCAACAGGAACCAUACGUGCCAUUAGUCUCGAUUUAGAGGGGCCCAUGCUGGUCAUGGGAUCCGAUGAUAGGAGGGUGAGAAUUUAUGAUUUACGCUGUAGCGAAAGUAUAGUUUGCUUUACGGGACACCAGGGGUCUCUGAAAACAGUCGAGAUGAGUGGAUGGAAGAUUAUCUCAGGGGAUAACAAGGGACAGAUAUGUCUGUGGGACCAGCGCAUGCAAACUAAACUCUGGGAUCUAACCAACAGUCAUCCUGUGGAGCAUUGCAAAUUUGAUGAAAAUUACCUAAUAGCGGCCCAUGUGCCUUUAAAUAAGCAACCUGAAGCUGAUGAUUUUGAUAGCAUUGUUCACAGAAGGGAUAGAGGGUUAGUAUUUGCCUAUAACUUUAACAUAGAGCAAGCCAGUGAUGUGCCGUCUAUUUGUACAGCAAAAUAUGACGUACCUGAGAGUUACAAUUACAACAUCAACCUUGUGACACCUUAUGAUGCAUUAUGA